CUGUACUGCCGGAACGGUCAAUCGAACGUUCCUGAAACACGGAUUUUAUCACUGUGUCCGUCAUCCACCACAUCAUGCGGCUAUUUUGAAUUCCAAACGCUCUCAUCACCGGGAAAUGCCGAUGAGCCUCUGGCAAUUUAUGAAUGCGUUGACUCCAGCGUUCUGAUGUCGGAUAAUGAUGACCAUGAGAAUGAGAAGCAGGUAUUCGCAGUUGGCCUUUUCUUGUACGAGUCAUUAAGUAUUUUUGUUUUUUUCUGUCGAAUUUUGUGGGAGGAAAAUGUUUUGGUCUGUUUAUGA